UCCAAAACACCACCCGCUCAGCCCAAGCACAGCAGAGAACCCGCCAGCCAGAACUCACAAAAAAACAACUCUCCAGCUCCUUCAUUCCAGCAUGGAGCACCUCUCUGCCCUGAACCCCAGAGGCUUACUCAGGUCACUAUCCUAUAUGAGCUCUGAGUUUGGCCGGAGGGUCUGGACCUCAGCUCCACCACCCCAGCGACCUUUCCGUGUCUGUGAUCAAAAGAGGACCACUCGGAAAGGCCUGACAGCUGCCACCCGCCAGGAACUUCUAGACAAGGCCCUGGAGAGCCUGCUGCUGAGUGGGGAGCUCACACUGGUGCUAGAGGAGGAUGGGACUGCCGUGGAGAGCGAGGACUUCUUGCAGCUGUUGGAGGAUGACACAUGCCUGAUGGUGCUGGAGUGCGGGCAGAGCUGGAGCCCCAGCAGGAGUGGGGUGCUGUCAUACGGCCUGGGCCAGGAGAAGCCCAAGCACAGCAAGGACAUCGCGCGCAUCACCUUCGACGUGUACAAGCAAAACCCCAGAGACCUCUUCGGCAGCCUGAACAUCAAAGCCACCUUCUACGGGCUCUACUCCAUGAGCUGCGACUUUCAAGGACUCGGCCCAAAGAAAGUACUCAGGGAGCUCCUCCGUUGGACCUCCACACUACUGCAAGGCCUGGGCCACAUGUUGCUGGGAAUUUCUUCCACCCUUCGCCACACACUGGAAGGAGCGGAGCGGGGGCAGUGGCAGCACCGGGGCCGCCUCCAUCCCUACUGA